AUGGUCAAAGCAAUUGUGAACGGUACUGUCAUCGCCGACUCGAUCGAUACCAUCGUUGUCGAAGGGAAUCACUACUUCCCCCCCAGCGAUGUGAAGACGGUGCUAUUCAGCGACUCCAACACUAGCUCUGUCUGCGCAUGGAAAGGGCCGGCUCAAUACUAUGAUGCGAGUAUUGAGGGCAAAAAUAUCAAAGAUAUCGCCUGGUACUAUCCUACCCCGAGUGCGAAAGCUACGCAGAUCAAAUCAUACAUAGCUUUCUACAAGGUCCGUCGAUCCGAUUUGCGCGGGGUCGUCUACCUGACGCCGCAUUACAAGAAUAAGGUCGAUAUUCAAGAAUGA